CUGCAUUUCGACACCCUAGUCAAAGUCCAAACGCUAUGGUCUGCACGAAAUUUCUAGCCUUCUUCCCCACAGACGAAAGAGCCUUGCCAUUUCAUCUUACUUAGCUAAGAGCAUUGGUGUGGCAUGAAGAACAUGGCAAAGAAAGGAAAGUGCAAUGGAGUGGCCCCUCUUCUAUAUUGCCAUUUUCUUGUUAUCGUCGCCAUCUCAUCCACUCCUUUGUGCUUCAGAUGAUAGGCUAUCUCCGGGCGAAUCCAUUUCCCUGAACGAGAGCUUAGUCUCCGAUGGCGGAGCCUUUGCUCUGGGCUUCGCCCACCUCGGCGAUUCACCUGCUAAUCUCUACCUUGUUAUACGGUACUACAACAUCGCUCAGGAGACAAUCGUUUGGGUUGCCAACAGAGAGAAACCGAUCGACGACUCCUCGGCGACUCUCAAAAUCUCAAACGACAGCAAUCUCCUUGUCAUGGGUUCAAACGGAAGGAUCUUCUGGUCAUCGAAUGUCAGCAGCACCGGUCCGUCAAAAAAUAGUACCAUGGUCGCCGUUCUGAAGAACAACGGCAAUCUUGUACUCAGAGAAGGCAGCCGUACCAUUUUAUGGCAGAGUUUUGAUCACCCGGCCGACAUCUUCCUCCCCGGCAUGAAGCUCGAAUUGAGUUACAAGACCCACGAAGCCAACAGGUUAACAUCUUGGAAAGAUGCACAGGACCUCCCUGGGAACUUCUCUUUUGGUGCUGAUCCCAAUACCUUUCUCCAGUUCUUCACAUGGCAGGGUUCCGAGCCUUACUGGCGAAGCACGGUGUGGACCGGGAGAUUGUUUUCUGGAGCUCAAGUGACGAACUCCAGCUAUAUAUCAUAUCUAGCUAUCACAGCUCCUGAGGAUGAGGUCUACAUCAUCUCAUUUAGUCUCUCCGAUGAAUCCUCGAAUGCUAUGUACAAACUAGACCAUACAGGCCAGCUUCAAUUCCUUGGAUGGGAUUAUGGCUUGAAUAAUUGGAGCAUUGCCGCAGCACAGCCUCAUAGCAUGUGUGUCAGAUAUGGCCACUGCGGUCCAUUUGGCUGUUGUGAUAGUACUGAAUCAGUGCCGACAUGUAAGUGUUUGGAGGGUUUUGAGCCCAAGUUUCCAAGUGAUUGGAACCGGGGGAAUUUUUCGGGAGGUUGUGUCAGAAGGACAGCUUUGGAGUGUGGUAAUGGGGAUAGGUUUUUGAUUCUCGGGGACAUGAGGCUGCCAGAUAAGUUCUUGUUUCUGAGGAAUAAGAGUGCUGGCGAAUGCGAAGCGGAAUGCCUUGCCAACUGCUCUUGUAAUGCUUAUGCCUAUUCUAAUUUGAUCACGGAGUCUGGUAACGUUUCACGGUGUUUGGUUUGGAUGGGGGAAUUGAUCGAUGCUGAGAUGGGAGCCAUCGGAGGAGAGAAUCUCUACCUGCGUGUUGUUGGCUCGGAACUGGGCAAUAAGAGACUUAGAAGGACAAUUGUCAUUGUAGCAUCUGUUUCUGGAGCAAUUCUGUUGAUCACUUUAACAUACUUUGCAUGGAAGUUCAGAGAUAAAAUAAAAGGUAUACGGAAGGAUGGAAAGAAUAAAGGGAGUCUGCUUGAUGAUCUGAGUUCAGGUACAGAAUUUCCAAAGGACUUAUCUGGUUCUAGUGGAUUUGGAGAAGGGCCUGGUCAUAUCCCAGAACUUCCACUAAUAAAUUUUGAAAGCAUAGCAGUUGCCACCAAUAAUUUCUCUGAUUUGCAUAAGCUUGGACAAGGAGGUUUUGGCAAAGUUUACAAGGGUAAGCUUCCUCGAGGGCACGAGAUUGCUGUUAAAAGACUUAGUAGGAAUUCUGGGCAAGGGUUAAAGGAAUUCAAAAAUGAGGUUUUGCUGAUUGCCAGAUUACAACACAGGAAUUUGGUUAGACUUCUUGGUUGCUGCAUGCAAGGAGAAGAAAAGUUAUUGAUCUACGAGUACAUGCCCAAUAAAAGCUUGGAUGCCUUUCUCUUUGACCCAGCAAAGAAACAACUAUUGGAUUGGGAAAAGCGCUUUAACAUAAUCAAAGGAAUUGCUCGAGGGCUUCUAUAUCUUCACCAAGAUUCAAGAUUAAGAAUAAUUCAUCGAGAUCUUAAAGCUAGCAACGUUUUGCUAGAUCAAGAUAUGAACCCUAAGAUCUCUGACUUUGGCAUAGCAAGGAUCUUUGGUGGCAACCAGAAUGAAGUAAAUACUAAUCGAGUUGUUGGAACAUAUGGCUAUAUGUCUCCUGAAUAUGCAAUGGGAGGACUCUUUUCUGUGAAAUCUGAUAUCUAUAGCUUUGGGGUAUUGAUCUUGGAGAUUGUGAGCAGUUCACGAAAUAGUAGCUUUGAUCUCGCUAUGGAUUCUCCAAGUCUGCUAGCUUAUGCAUGGAAACUAUGGAAGGAAGGCAAGGCAAUGGAUCUCGCAGACCCAUCCUUAGUAGAGUUAUGUUCAGCUGAUGAAGUGUUCAGAUGCAUACAUGUUGGGCUCUUGUGUGUGCAGGACCACCCAAAUGAUCGGCCAACCAUGUCAUCCAUUGUUUUCAUGCUGGAAAAUGAAACAACAAUACAUCUUACACCGAGACAGCCCACUUUUACAGCACAGAGAAACUUAGAUGAAUAUGAUGCCAAGAUGCAGAAUCUUGAGAUAUUUUCUGCAAAUAAUUUAACCGUUACGGUGGAAGAGGGACGGUAUGAUAGGCUAUCUCCCGGCGAAUCCAUUUCCCUGAACGAGACCUUGGUCUCCGAUGGCGGAGACUUUGCUCUGGGCUUCUCCCCCGUCGGAGAUUUACAUGCUAAUCUCUACCUUGUUAUACGAUACAACAACAUCGCUCAGAAGACAAUCGUUUGGGUUGCCAACAGAGAGAAACCGAUCAAUGAUUCCUCGGCGACGCUCACAAUCUCAAACGACAGCAAUCUCCUCGUCAUGGGUUCAAACGGAAGGGUCUUGUGGUCAUCGAAUGUCAGCAGCACCGGUCCGUCAAAAAAUAGUACCACGGUCGCCGUUCUGAAGAACAACGGCAAUCUUGUGCUCAGAGAAGGCAGCCGUACCAUUUUAUGGCAGAGUUUUGAUCACCCCGCCGACACCUUCCUCCCCGGCAUGAAGCUCGAAUUGAGUUACAAGACCCACGAAGCCAACAGGUUAACAUCUUGGAAAGAUGCAGAGGACCCAUCCCCGGGGAACUUCUCUUUUGGAUAUGAUCCCAAUACCUUUCUCCAGCUCUUCACAUGGCAGGGUUCCGAGCCUUACUGGCGAAGCCCGGUGUGGACCGGGAGAUUGUUUUCUGGAGCUCAAGUGACGAAGUCCAGGUGUAUAGGAUAUGAAGCUAUCACAGCUACUGAGGAUGAGAUCUACGUAUCAUUUAGUCUCUCCGAUGGAUCCUCGAAUGCUAUGUACAAACUAGACCAUUCAGGCCAGCUUCAAUUCGUUGAAUGGGAUUAUAGCUUGAAUAAUUGGAGCAUUGCCGCAGCACAGCCUCAUAGCAUGUGUGACCGAUAUGGCCACUGCGGUCCAUUUGGGUGUUGUGAGAGUACUGAAUCAGUGCCAACAUGUAAGUGUUUGGAGGGUUUUGAGCCCAAGUUUCCAAGUGAUUGGAACGGGGGGAAUUUUUCGGGAGGUUGUGUGAGAAGGACAGCUUUGGAGUGUGGAAAUAGGGAUGGGUUUUUGAUUCUCGGGGGCAUGAAGCCGCCAUAUAAGUUCUUGUUUCUGACGAAUAAGAGUGUUGGCGAAUGCGAAUUGGAAUGCCUUGCCAACUGCUCUUGUAAUGCUUAUGCCUAUGCCAAUUUGAGCACGGAGACUGGUAAUGUUUCACGGUGUUUGGUUUGGAUGGGGGAAUUGAUCGAUGCUGAGACGCUUGCCGGAGGAGAGAAUCUCUACCUGCGUCUUGCUGUUUCGGAACUGGAUUUUUCUCAACCUACAGGCAGUAAGAGAAAUAGAAGGAUAAUUAUCAUUGUGGCACCUAUUUCUGGAGCAAUUCUUUCGAUCGCUUUAUCUUACUUGGCAUGGAAGUUCAGAGAUAAAAUAAAAGGUAUAUGGAAGGAUGGAAAGAAUAAAGGGAGGCUGCGUGAUGAUCUGAGUUUAAGUACACAGUUUCCAAAGGACUUAUCUGGUUCUAGUGGAUUUGGAGAAGGGAAGCGUGGUCAUGGCCCGGAAAUUCCCCUAAUAAAUUUCGAAAGCGUAGCAGUUGCCACCAAUAAUUUCUCCGAUUCGCAUAAGCUUGGACAAGGUGGUUUUGGCAAAGUUUACAUGGGUAAGCUGCCUCGGGGGCAAGAGAUUGCUGUUAAAAGACUUAGUAGGAAUUCUGGGCAAGGAUUAGAGGAAUUCAAAAAUGAGGUUUUACUGAUUGCCAGAUUACAACACAGGAAUUUGGUUAGACUUCUUGGUUGCUGCAUGGAAGGAGAAGAAAAGUUAUUGAUCUACGAGUACAUGCCCAAUAAAAGCUUGGAUGCCUUUCUCUUUGACCCAGCAAGGAAACAACUAUUGGAUUGGGAAAAGCGCUUUAACAUAAUCAAAGGAAUUGCUCGAGGGCUUCUAUAUCUUCACCAAGAUUCAAGAUUAAGAAUAAUUCAUCGAGAUCUUAAAGCUAGCAACAUUUUGCUAGAUGAAGACAUGAACCCUAAGAUUUCUGACUUUGGCAUGGCAAGGAUCUUUGGUGGCGACCAGAAUAAAGUAACUACUAAUCGAGUUGUUGGAACAUAUGGCUAUAUGUCUCCUGAAUAUGCAAUGGGAGGACUCUUUUCUGUGAAAUCUGAUGUCUAUAGCUUUGGGGUAUUGAUCUUGGAAAUUGUGAGCAGUUCACGAAAUUGUAGCUUUGAUCUCACUAUGGAUUCUCCAAGUCUGCUAGCUUAUGCAUGGAAACUAUGGAAGGAAGGCAAGGCAAUGGAUCUCGCAGACCCAUCCUUAGUAGAGUUAUGUUCAGCUGAUGAAGUGUUCAGAUGCAUACAUGUUGGGCUCUUGUGUGUGCAGGACCACCCAAAUGAUCGGCCAACCAUGUCAUCCGUUGUUUUGAUGCUGGAAAAUGAAACAACAAUAUAUCUUACACCGAGACAGCCCACUUUUACAGCACAGAGAAACUUAGAUGAAUAUGAUGCCAAGAUGAAGAAUCUUGAGAUAUUUUCUGCAAAUAAUUUAACCGUUACGGUGGAAGAGGGACGGUAGAAGCUCAAGGAAUCUCUAAUAUUGAAUGUUCUUGCUCUCAUGAGAAAUUCUUGUCACAGUUUCUAGUCAUUUAUAGGCCUAUUCAUCUUUCAUAUUUUCUUCUUAAGA